AUGCGCCGCGGCUGGGCGCCCAGGCCGCCGGCGCUCCUGCUGCCGCUCCUGCUGGUGCUCCUGGCGGCGGCGCCCGCGGCCAGCAAGGGCUGCGUCUGUAAAGACAAAGGCCAGUGCUUCUGUGACGGGACCAAGGGAGAGAAGGGGGAGAAAGGUUUCCCUGGACCUCCUGGCUUUCCCGGCCAGAAAGGAUUCUCAGGUCCUGAAGGCUCACCUGGACCCCAGGGAUCCAAGGGCUCUCCAGGACUUCCAGGACUCACUGGUCCCAAAGGUGUGAGGGGAUUAACUGGAUUACCGGGGUUUUCUGGUCCUCCUGGACUUCCAGGCAGCCCGGGCACCGCCGGCCCUCACGGACUUGCUGGGUUACCGGGAUGCAAUGGUUCGAAGGGUGAGCAAGGGCUUCCAGGACUUCCAGGGACACCGGGCUACCCAGGGAUCCCGGGUGCUGCUGGUUUAAAAGGACAAAAGGGCGCUCCUGCUAAGGAAGAAGAUAUAGAACUUAAUGCAAAAGGUGACCCCGGGUUGCCAGGGCCUCCGGGAUCCCAGGGUUUGCCAGGCCCUCCGGGUCUUCCCGGGCCUAUUGGCCCACCUGGCCCCCCAGGAAUCUUUGGCUUUCCGGGAGCCGGGGGAUCUCCAGGACCUAAGGGUCAUAUGGGUGACAAUGUAAUAGGACAAAAAGGAGAGCGGGGUGUUAAAGGAUUAAUGGGACCCCCUGGACCACCAGGAACAGUUAUUGUGACCCUAACUGGCCCAGAAAACAGAACGGAACUCAAGGGGGAGAAAGGAGAUAAAGGAGCGAUGGGGAAACCUGGACCUCCUGGACCCUCAGGACCACCUGGAGAAUUGUACGGAUCUGAAAAGGGUGCUCCUGGAGAACCUGGCCCGCAGGGAAAACCUGGAAAAGAUGGUGCCCCUGGCUUCUCUGGCAGUGAGGGAGCCAAAGGCAACAGGGGCUUGGCUGGGUUACCAGGUGAAGAUGGAAUCAAGGGAUGGAAAGGGGACAUGGGCCCUCCAGGAUUUCGUGGUCCAACAGAAUAUUAUGAUGCCUACCAGGAAAAGGGAGAUCAAGGAAUUCCAGGCCCACCAGGGCCCAAAGGAGCUCGAGGCCCACAGGGUCCCAGUGGUCUCCCUGGAGUUCCCGGAAGUCCUGGAUCAUUGAGGCCUGGCCUCAGAGGAGCCCCUGGGUGGCCAGGUUUGAAAGGAAGUAAAGGGGACCGCGGUCCCCCAGGGAAGAACGCAGUCGGGCCUCCCGGGGCUCCGGGUUGUCCUGGUUCACCCGGCUCCCCAGGACCUCCAGGACGUCCAGGACCACCAGGUGACAUUGUUUUUCUGAAGGGUCCCCCUGGAGAUCGUGGACUGCCAGGCUCUCUAGGGCCUCCUGGGAUCCCAGGAGUGGAUGGGCCCAAAGGAGAGCCGGGCCUCCCGUGCACGCAGUGUCCUUGUAUCCCAGGCCCUCCUGGCCUUCCAGGACUGCCGGGAUUAGAUGGUGUAAAAGGAAUCCCAGGUAGGAACCAUUUGCACGGGUUUCCCGGUACUCAGGGUGAUCCAGGACUUAAAGGAGAAAAAGGUGAAACACCUUGGCCUGUGGGGCAAGAGGGUGCCCCAGGAGAACCAGGGCUUCAAGGGCAACCAGGGAGGAAGGGCUUCGAUGGAAUCCCUGGAACUCCAGGACAAAAAGGAUUACGAGGACCUAAAGGUGAACCGGCCCUGCGUGAUGAGAAGACAGACCGGGGUCUCCCAGGGGAUCCUGGCCCCCCAGGGCCCCCAGGAGCAGCUGGAUCACCUGGACCACGUGGACCCCCUGGACCACCUGGCUUUGGGCCCCGGGGAGAGCCUGGUCCCAAGGGCACCCAAGGAGUUCCUGGGAGCCCUGGGCGACCCGGAGAAGCCGGUCCUAAGGGAGAAUGCAGUGUUUCAACACCAGUUCCAGGCCCCCCAGGACCGCCAGGACCCCCUGGCCGUGCUGGCUUCCGAGGUCCGCCUGGUAUCCCUGGACCCAUGGGAAAAUGCGGUGAUCCUGGUCCUCCUGGGCCUGAUGGGGAACCGGGAAUUCCAGGAAUUGGAUUUCCUGGGCCACCUGGACCUAAGGGAGACCAAGGUUUCCCAGGAACGAAAGGAUCACCAGGUUGUCCCGGAAAAAUAGGAGAGCCCGGGUUACCUGGAGAGCCAGGACUCCCAGGACCCAAGGGAGAACCAGCACUAGGCAUGCCCGGAGAGCCAGGACCACCGGGUUUUCCAGGAGAAAGAGGCAAUGCUGGGGAAAAUGGAGAAAUGGGACUCCCUGGACUUCCAGGUCUCCCUGGAAUUCCAGGAAAGGAAGGGCUUGAUGGACCACGAGGAGAUCCAGGGCAACCUGGACCACCUGGAGAAAAAGGACCCCCAGGAAGGUGCAGAGAUGGCCCCAGGGGAGCCCCAGGACUUCCAGGAUUAAAUGGAUUGAAAGGGCAAGAAGGCAGAAGAGGUGCAAUAGGGCCAAAGGGAGACCCGGGGAUUCCAGGCUUGGAUAGGUCAGGACUUCCUGGAGAACGUGGACCACCAGGAAUGCCGGGUCAUCGAGGCGAGCGGGGACCACCUGGUCAGAAAGGAUAUCCAGGAAACCCAGGAUUCAUAGGGCCACCAGGAGACCGAGGCGCUGUUGGAAUGAUGGGCUAUCCUGGAUCACCCGGCCUUCUUGGGCCUCCUGGGAACCCAGGUGCCCAGGGGCAGAGAGGUAGCCUUGGAAUUCCAGGAGUGAAGGGCAAGAGAGGACCCUUGGGAGCCAAAGGGGAACCAGGAGAUAAAGGAAAUCCUGGACCUUCUCAAAUAUCCCACUUCCAAGGGGACAAAGGAGAACCAGGUCGAAAAGGAUAUGCAGGAAUUCCAGGUGAAAAAGGAAACAGAGGCUUUCCAGGGUUGCCAGGUUUAAAAGGCUUCUCAGGACUACGUGGGCCACCGGGACCACCAGGCCCCAAAGGAGAUCUGGGCAGUAUUGGGAAUCCUGGAAAACCAGGACCCCGUGGCGUGCCAGGAAGUGUGGGGAACAUGGGCCUACCAGGUUCUAAAGGGAAAAAGGGAACUAUGGGAUUCCCAGGUCAAGCUGGAAGACCAGGCCUCCCAGGUACUCAUGGUCUCCAAGGAGAUAAGGGAGAGCCAGGUUAUUCAGAAGGUACAAGGCCAGGACCACGAGGACCAACGGGGGAUCCAGGAUUGCCAGGUGACAUGGGAAAGAAAGGAGAAAGAGGGCCACCUGGCCCGCCUGGACCUUCAGGGCCUGCUGGACCCGAGGGACCCCCUGGACAUCCUGGAAGUCCCGGCCACCCAGGAAAACCGGGUCCUGGUGGUGAUUUGGGUAAUAAAGGAAUCAAAGGCUUCCCAGGCUCUCCAGGAAUGAAAGGCCCGCCAGGUCUUCCAGGAUUCCCAGGACCUCCUGGACCAAUGGGCAUAAGAGGUGACCAAGGACGUGAUGGAAUUCCUGGUCCAGCCGGAGAAAAGGGGGAAACAGGUUCACUGGGGGCACAUCCAGGCCCAAGAGGGAACCCUGGGGCUCGAGGUGCCAAAGGAGACAUGGGAAUCCCAGGCUUGCCUGGACCCCCGGGCAGGAAAGGGCCAAUGGGAGACGUGGGGCCUCGAGGGCCCAUUGGCAUCAGAGGACUCCCGGGGCCACCAGGUUUGCCUGGUGCAGUCAUCCCUGGCCAGAAAGGAAAUCGAGGUCCACCAGGCCCAAGAGGAGAACCAGGUGACCCGGGUCCCCCUGGACCUCCAGGGAGUCAUGCAAAGGGCCUAAAAGGAGAAAAAGGUUUUAUGGGGCAGCCUGGCCGAGAGGGUCGACCUGGACCUGCAGGAGACAGAGGGCUGCCAGGUCAUCCGGGAGCACCAGGAACCCCAGGUCUUCCGGGGCUCAGAGGUGAUCCUGGAUUCUAUGGGUUUCCAGGCAUGAGAGGAGAGAAGGGUAAUCCAGGAUUUCCUGGAUCACCUGGGCCUCCAGGACCAGUUGGACCAAAAGGAGCUCCUGGUGUACGUGGAGACCCUGGCAUGGCUAAGGUCAUCUCCCUUCCAGGAAGUCCAGGGCCACCUGGUCCACCAGGACAACCAGGGAUGCAAGGAGAGCCGGGGCCUCCGGGGCCCCCUGGACACCUAGGACCUUGUGGGCCAAGAGGUAAACCAGGCAAGGAUGGAAAACCGGGAACUCCUGGACCAGUUGGAGAAAAAGGCAACAAAGGUUCUAAAGGAGAACAAGGCCCACCUGGGUUGGAUGGAUUGCCAGGUUUGAAAGGAAGACCUGGAGACACUGGACAACCUGCAACCAGGACAAUAAGAGGCUUUGUCUUCACCCGACACAGUCAAACAACAGCCAUUCCUGCAUGUCCAGACGGGACAGAGCCGCUCUAUAGUGGGUUUUCCCUUCUUUUUGUACAAGGAAAUGAAAGAGCACACGGACAAGACCUUGGCACGCUCGGCAGCUGCCUGCAGCGAUUUACCACAAUGCCAUUCUUAUUCUGUAACAUCAACAAUGUGUGUAGCUUCGCGUCUCGAAAUGAUUAUUCAUACUGGCUGUCAACACCAGCUCUGAUGCCAAUGGACAUGGCUCCAAUUACUGGCAGGGCCGUGGAGCCGUAUAUUAGCAGAUGCACUGUCUGUGAAGGCCCCGCGAUUGCCAUAGCCAUCCACAGCCAAACCACGGACAUCCCUCCAUGUCCCCAAGGCUGGAGUUCUCUCUGGACAGGAUUUUCUUUCAUCAUGUUCACAAGUGCCGGUUCUGAGGGUGCUGGGCAAGCGCUGUCAUCUCCUGGCUCCUGCUUACAAGAAUUCCGAGCCAGUCCAUUUCUAGAAUGUCACGGAAGAGGAACAUGCAACUACUAUUCCAAUUCCUACAGUUUCUGGAUGGCUUCACUAAACCCAGAAAGAAUGUUCAGAAAACCUAUUCCAUCAACUGUGAAAGCUGGGGAAUUAGAAAAAAUAAUAAGUCGCUGUCAGGUGUGCAUGAAGAGAAGACACUGAAGAAAUCAAAGAAAGCAGAACUACUAUUUUUCAUCCUCAAGAACAAAGUCAUGUCUCAGAACAUGCUUUCAUUUAGGUAUUUUCUCUAACCAAACAAUACUGCUCUAUGAUGGCUUAGUACAAAGUUUCGAUCUGUUCCCCCACACAACAGAGCAUUUCUUUUAAGUUAGUUCUGGGAUCUUGGCCUCUAAAUCUGUGCUAUUUCAAAGUUCCCUGUAGCAAGGCAGCAACUUUCACAAGGUAUCACUGAAAGCCUAUCCACUUGCAUCCCACACUCUAUGGAAAUGGUGGCUGUAUGGACUCUGAAUGCUUCAAGUUAAGAAAUACUUGGUUCGCUCCAUUCCCAACAUUUGUCUUUUUCUCUUCCAGUCCUUGAGACUCAGGGAGGCUACAUCAGUCUUAGGUUGCCCAGUCACCCCUGCACUUGACACCUGAGUAGAGAAUGGGGGCAUGUGGAAUACUGAGGCAUCAGGAAUAAAACUGGACUUUCAGACCUGUUGAGUAACCUAAGGCCUGAGGGAACACAGACUUGAAGUGAGGUUCAUGGAUUUUCCAGGACUUUCAAAACUUACCCAAGACUAAAGGCAAAAGGGGAUUCCCUGAAUGGAACCAUAACAGCCUUGCAAAUGCUGUAUGGCUUUGUUUUGUAUUUUUUCAAAGAAAUUUUGGGGUUUUUUAUUGACUUCAUUUCACGGCAGCUACGAAGCUUGCUUGUAUUCCAGGUAGAUAAACAUUUCCCCUACUGAAUUAAAUUUAACAGGAUAUUGCGACACACAUACUAUGAACUGUGUUUAACUUUAACUUCUCUUUUACUAGCACAUGCAAACAAGGACACUACUUACGAGAUGAGCACUUUAUCUCCCUCCCUGUAAACAAUGGUGCAUACCUUAUGUAAGUGUCUGGUUCAAUACUCCUCCAUGAAAGAACUUCAGGCACUUGUUGGUUUAUCAGGCUCAGAAUAUUUUUUCUUUGCUCUAAGUAUUUCAUUGCUCUGGGUUUUAUAAAUUUAUAUUCCUUUGUUACUUUCCUAAUUCUUCCUUUAUAAAAAUGUUUUAUGUCAUAUAUUCUUCUAAGUCAUAUUGAAAGAAUCCACUGUUUAAAAAUCUUAAUGUACUAAUUGUAUAACUUGGCAGCUGUCUGUCUUAAAACUUUCUUUUCAGUGUGUUGAUCCAUUCCCAAGGUUAUUACAUCUGAUUUAACAAAAAUUUUAUUCAGAAUCAAGCCAUGUCUCAGGCACUGUACUAAAUUAUAGAGACAAAAAGAGGACGAAAGAGUCUUGUUUCUGAUCUAACAACCCAGAAAAGGUGACUAAGAAUCUGACUUGUGUGAGUUGCUUACCUCUUCCCCUUUUUUCUUACGUUGUCACUGUUUUUGUAUUUCAUCAUCAUAAUUCAGCAGGCCUGAGAACAGGUUUAAAAAUAAGGACUGUGCCCAGGGAAUGCUGAAGACUUCAAGCUCCUCUCAGUCAUCCAAGAAGCUGAGGUCUGAACAAUGUUAAGAAAACAAAGAUGCACCAAACAUUAAGACCCAUUUAUACUUGAUGAUAGCACUGUUCAUGAGUCUGAGAGGCCAGGCAUCCCAGACAAAGCUUUGAAGAUGCUUCCUAAUCCACCUAGGUGGAGCUGGUGGUGCUAAUAUUUAAAUUCAGCUAUUGCUUCGAUCUCAAUUGCUUUGUAAGUAAAUACCUAAGACGAGAAGACAGCACAGGCUGUGACCAGAUUUUCAUUCUUCGCUGCUCACCUGAUUGCUGUCGUCAUUUUUACAUCUAAACUAACAUGUGCAGCGUUUUACUUAGAUUAAAACUUUUCUGCUAUAAAAAUAUUGUACUGUAGUGGGAUACGGGGAUAGCUAAUCUCCACAAACCCCUUCAGGAUACUAGUUCUCAAGAUGUCUGGGAACUUAUUACAAAUGCAGAUUCUAUGGUCCACUCCAGACCUGCAGACUCAGAAACUCUGGGGGUAGGGCCCCCAAAUCACAAGCCUUCCAUGUGAUUCUGACGCACUCCAGAGACUAAAACAACGCUGCAGGCUCUUAGUUCCCCGGGAGGGCCACAGUUGCUCCAACCAUGCCUGCCUCUCUUAAAAGUCCAGAAUCACAGGUGACCUGAAGGAAAUCUAUUUUUCCUUGAAGUAGAGCCCCAGAUUGGUGCUAAUGCCAAAUGACUGGCUGCUGCUGGUCCCUCAGCUUCCUUCUCCUCAUGCCCUCUCACAGUAUUUACCUUCUGAGGAAGACAAGUGAUGCUCAAACCUUAAAUUCCAACGAAGCCAUGUGAACAGUUGUUCAGUCAUACUUCUAAGACUUUACUUCCAAGUGCUUCGGCAUUAAAAUACCACUCAUGUGCAUUACUUCCCAGAUAAAUAUGAGUAGCUUAUAAAAUUAGGAAGAUGUAACAUUACAGAUAAAAUGUAAGUACCUUGUUUCUUUUCAAUUUGAGGCUUCAACUUUGGAAUUUCACAGUGUGCUAAAAUAAUGGAUUUCUCAG